GCCUGCGCUGCCGCCGACGCCGCUGUGGGCCUGGCUGCGCUCCGUCGCCUUCUCCUCUGAGCGCUUCCCAGCCGGCCGCCAUGGCGAACGUGGCCGACACUAAGCUGUACGACAUUCUGGGCGUCCCACCCGGUGCCAGCGAGAACGAGCUGAAGAAGGCAUACAGAAAGUUAGCCAAGGAAUAUCAUCCUGAUAAGAAUCCAAAUGCUGGUGACAAAUUCAAAGAAAUAAGUUUUGCAUAUGAAGUACUGUCAAAUCCUGAGAAACGUGAAUUAUAUGACAGAUAUGGAGAACAAGGUCUUCGGGAAGGUAGCGGCGGAGGUGGUGGCAUGGAUGAUAUUUUCUCUCACAUUUUUGGUGGGGGAUUGUUCGGCUUUAUGGGCAAUCAGAGUAGAAGUCGAAAUGGCAGAAGAAGAGGAGAAGACAUGAUGCAUCCACUUAAAGUAUCUUUAGAAGAUCUGUAUAAUGGCAAGACAACCAAACUACAACUUAGCAAGAAUGUACUCUGUAGUGCAUGCAGUGGCCAAGGUGGAAAGUCUGGAGCUGUUCAGAAGUGUAGUGCUUGUCGGGGUCGAGGUGUACGCAUUAUGAUAAGACAGCUGGCUCCGGGAAUGGUACAACAGAUGCAGUCUGUGUGUUCUGACUGUAAUGGAGAAGGAGAGGUAAUUAAUGAAAAGGACCGCUGUAAAAAAUGUGAAGGCAAGAAGGUGAUUAAAGAAGUGAAGAUUCUUGAAGUCCACGUAGACAAAGGCAAACAUGGACAGAGAAUUACAUUCACUGGGGAAGCAGAUCAGGCCCCAGGAGUGGAACCAGGAGACAUUGUUCUUUUGCUCCAAGAGAAGGAACAUGAGGUGUUCCAGAGAGACGGGAAUGAUUUGCACAUGACAUACAAGAGACUUGUUGAAGCUUUGUGUGGAUUUCAGUUCACAUUUACCCUUGAUGGACGUCAGAUUGUGGUGAUACCCCCUGGAAAAGUAAUUGAACCAGGAUGUGUCCGUGUAGUUCGAGGUGAAGGAAUGCCACAGUAUCGUAAUCCCUGAAAAGGUGAUCUAUACAUAAAAUUUGAUGUGCAGUUUCCUGAAAACAACUGGAUCAACCCAGACAAGCUUUCUGAACUAGAAGACCUUCUGCCAUCUAGACCAGAAGUUCACAUCAUUGGAGAUACAGAGGAGGUAGAGCUUCAAGAAUUUGAUAGCACUCGGGGCUCAGGAGGUGGUCAGAGGCGUGAAGCCUAUAAUGAUAGCUCUGAUGAAGAAAGCAGCAGCCAUCAUGGACCAGGAGUGCAAUGUGCCCAUCAGUAAACUCUGCAAACAAAUUGCACAGGUGGAUUUUCUUUCCACAUUUGCUUGGUUUGCUUUCAGCUAUCCAGCUGGAGUGUCUGGUCAAUCCAGAUGAACUGAUGGACAUCUGUUGGUCUAUGUGUAACUUUUAAAUUGGUAUAGUAUCUACAGAGUGUAUAAUUUAAACUAACCACAAAGCUUUACAUCUUCAUUUUGACUGUUCUGUAGCAGAAUAAAGCACUUGAAAGGAAACAAGACCCCUUUCACACAUGGGUUAUAAGUUUCAGUCCUGGUAUCUGUGCUUGAUUUUUUAUCAGUUUUGUGUAGAUUUUAUGUUCAUAUUUUAAAUCCAAAUCCCACAUUGUAAAGUUUGUGUACAAUUUGUCCUGAAGCUUUGUGUUUGGCGCACCUGCGUAAGCUGCUACAAAUAGAAUAAGAAUUUCAUAGCCUGUAUCUAUCAUUUAGAUGCAUGGAAAAAUGGGCUUUGCACAAUGGGUUUGGAGCUGACUGGGAACAAUGGAGAAAAUAACAUUAGCUGUGGUUGUAAAGUUUUUUUUUUUGUUUUGUUUUGUUUUUCUUUCCCCCCUCUUUUUUUUUUAACCAUCUUGUGAAAGGUUUCUGAGACUCAAUAAUAAAAAGCAGUUGGUAUAAAUUAUUCUUUGUGUCACAUUUUUAGAAGGAAAAACAUACUUUGAACUGUAAAAUGUAUCUUUAAGCUGGAGAAUGUAUCCUUCAUUCUGGUUCUUAAGCAGCCCUUAAAAGCCCAUUGGCCUGAAGCUUAUGCUUCAGGUACAUGCCCAUUUUAUAGUUUAAAAGGCAAAAGAAAGUUUGAUAUGUUGGUAAAAACAGGCUUUAUUGGCUUCAACUGAUGCUUUGUACAGUCAAGGACAUCUGAGUUCUGUAACUCAUAAGUUAUAAUCCUGAGCAUUGGGGCCAGGUUAACCUAGCCUCUGUAUUUCCCCACCACCUCCCCCUUUUAAAAUAAGGUAACAGCAAAUCAAUAUUAGAACCAUGUCUGCAUAGAACCUGUUAAAAUGCUCUGUUUUCAUUAAAUGUUAAGUUAAAGAUU